AUGGCAUCGAAUGAAGUAUUGAGCAAGAAAAUUUUGGGAAGGAGGCAUUGAAAAACGUAUUUUUUCCGGGUUGAAAAAUAUGAAAAAUAGAGAUUUAUUUUGAAUAUUAAAGGACGAGUUGUCCAUGAAUCGGAUUUACUAGAAACCUUGAAAAAGUCACAAAAUGUGACGGUUUAUUCGAAUAACUCUUUUUUUCCCAUUAAAAAAUUGGCAAUCAUUUUUUUCAGCCUGACGGAAAUUGGACCGAUUCUCAUCAGGAAGAUGCAUUCAAAUUUAAAGUUUUGGCUAGUAUAGCAAACAUGACCGAAAAAUCUGGAUAUCUGAAUGUUUUGCAAAAUCCUUUUGCAAUUCGCAAUCAUCUUCAAAUAGUGAAAAUUAUGGAAAAUAAUGGCUGGUUAGUUUCAAGUUUUGAAAAAAAAUGUACAGGAAGAACUCAAAUCUACAAUUUUUCCUUGAAAAUUUCAAUUCUUCUUCUACAUAUAUCAAAUUUUCUCCAACACUGUUUCUAACUAUGAAAUUUCUAAAUCCAGUUCUUUUUCAGGUUCAUAUUAACUUGCUACGAAAAACAAAUAAUACUCGAACAUUUUGGAGAAGGAGGAAUUGAAAAACGUAUUUUUUUCGGGUUGAAAUAUAUGAAAAAUUGAUACUUAUUUUGAAUAUAGAAGGACGAGUUGUUCAUGAAUCGGAUUUACUAGAUUCUACUUUCUCGUCUUCUGGUAUCACACCAUCAAACAUUUCACUGCAUACUGUAAGUGUAAUACUCAAUUUUAUUGAACAAAAAUGUUUUUCAGAUAAAUAGUUCGUAUUUUUCGCAUGAAUCGAUCGAUUUUGAACUCGAAAAUCCGAUAAUCAACAUGCAGAUUUCUAUACAGGAAUUAGUUUUAUCCAAAACAACGAGAAAAUGCGAAAGUACAUUUUUUGAAGAUUUGAGUGAAAUAAUUGGAAGUUAUGGAGAAACGCUGAAAAAUGAAAAAGAAAGUGAGUUCAUAAAUAAUUCAACGGACCGAAUAGAGGGGAUUUUUUCUAAUUUACCAUUUUAAUAAAUAUUCCAAUAAAUUACAGUUUCAAUUGAUCACUGAAUUAAAAAAAACGAGUCCAUGCCGAAAAGCCGGGUUAUGAUUUCAAAAAUGUGAAGGAAUUAAAUUAUCCAAAUUAAUUGGCUCAAAAUUGCUCAAAGGCUUGACUCAUGCGGUAAUUUUCAUUAGCGAAUAUCUACGUGAUGGCGAAAAUUAUUUUUUUUUGGAGAACAAAAAUUUUACAAUAAAAGAUAUGGGAAAAAUUCGGACGCUGUUAUACUGUUCAGAACCAACGGCAAUGAAUGAAUUGGAAGAAUUCAAAUUCUUGAAACGUAUUUUUUCCCGAGAAAAUAAUUUUUUUCGGAAAUUUUCUAUUUUCAAAAAAUUGUUUCCCCCAAGCCCCAAGCUUCAUCCAAAGAGACAAUUUAUUACAGUUGCGGGCAAGUUUUUUUUCUGUGUAACUUUUGAAAAUCAUCCAUCUUUUGAGUGUUCUUUUAUCUAACAAGUUUUUCCAUUUUUUGCAGAUAUGAAUUGAAUGAAGUCGGCUACAAAUUGGUCAAAGCGCAUUUUCCGGACAGUUCGAUGUUUCCCGAUUUGCCCGACAAAAAACCCGAUUAUCAAGGAUAA